AUGGCAGACCUUUUUCGGGCCGGGCAGCUUGUCUAUGUGCCACCGCAGGCACUGCAAGCUGAUGACACCUCUGACGUUCUUGCGUCAAGAACCACCAUCCUCGCCGGGGGACGACAAGAAGCCGGCCAAUUCGGUGCAAUUUGUACAGCUACAGGAGAUCCUACAAGUUUACAACUUCGUCUUUUCGAACAAGAGAGCUCACCAGCCGCGUCCCCCGACGGAAAUCGUGUCACCACAAUAUCAACAAAGACAGGAAAGAUGAGGCCGAGCACCAAGGUUACACCAUCCUCGACGCAAGUCCUUGUGCCGUUUGAAGAAUUAGAGGAUAAAACGGCGAUAAAACGAAUCGAAAUUUCGGUGUUGUGGGGAGUAACGAUUGAAAACGAGGCUCAAGCGGCACGCCUAUGCGCAUCAUUGGCGUCUAUUAUGAGAUGGAGAUGGAUGUUGUUGAGAAGAAGAUUUUAGAGACAUGAAUCAUUGAUGUUAGGGACCAACAUGUGCGAUUCUAGAACGGGCAAAAAUUCGGUAGAAUGUGCGGCUUUUUAUGGAUGUUGUGGGGAGUAACGAUUGAAAACGCAACGAUUGUUGACUCUCGAAUUUUUGUUGUGAGGAUGAGAAAUUGGAAAAGUGUGCGACUUUUUACUUCGACCUUGACAAGCCAGAUCAUGAUCACUAUUGACAGACUCUCCUCACUUCAUAUCCCUGAAUGGACAGUUGCAUACGCUUGGAGUGCAUCCACGCUUUUUCCUGAGCUACGAUUUCGGUUCCGGGGUAUCCGAUGCGUUGCGACAGGAAGUAGAUCAGCUAAUCGACUACUUAGAAACCAAGAGCGCGCCUUUUGCUGGAAAGUUUGGGAAGAUUCUUCGAGAAGGAGACAACAGUGGGACGGAUGACAAGCAUGCGAAGGACAAGAAGCAGAAAAGACGCGGACAUAUUAAGAGCACUUUAGAACACUAUCGUGACCUCAUGGAGUAUGUGCCUUCUUCAUCUAGUAGUACGUCAGAUAAGGAUCUUUAUGGCAAGAGGAAAAUGGACGCAAGUAGGAGUGCCGAAAACACUGGCUUCGGUGGAGGAGGACGAGAGAAUAUCCUUCCUGGUGGAGGUCGAGAUACCGAGCAAAAACCGACAGAAAAUGCGAACGUCCCUUUCGACUCUUGGGUGUUUUUCCAUGGCGGUGAUGAAGUUUUGUCGGGACCUUUGAAACUCAGGUUCUUCCUAGAACCUUUCAAAUUCGCCGCCUUGCAACGAUUGAGCUACGGGUACAAAACGAUGUCGGUUUCUGGGAGUAAUUUAGUUGUUUCCCCUACGGCGACUUCAGCUUCAUCGACAACAGCUAGUACAUCAGCAUCUCCAACUCCAGCUACGCAAAAACAAUUUGACGUCCCUGAUAUCAUGCGAAAGAUAUCGGAGAAUAGUCUCCAACUCCUAGUACGCGGAGGAGAAGAUGAGGAAAGCGGAAGAGAAGGUAUAAUAAUUUUGUUUAACUAUAUGCAACUUGAAGAUCUUCAUCAACGAACUCGUUGUCGAACUAAUGUGAAAAAUUCGAAAAGGAGAUAUGUCGUGGUAAUCGUACUUCUUACAAGAAAAUACUAUUUUCUUGUAAGAGUAGAAUGACAUUAUAUGAACAUAACCCAACAGGAGGAGGUGUCCCCACUGGUCCUGUCGCUGUUGUUCCUGGAGUUGGGUGUCAUGAUUUCUCGAUACGUGGGGAAUUGUGUGAAGUUGCUGUUCAGGCAGAUAUCGUGAAGGAAUUUUUCAACACUGCAACGCCUGCUUUGCUUGAAAGCCGUUUUGGAGAUGUCGCUUUGUACUACUUCCUGCGCGACUACAACCGUGUCGUAGAGGGCAAGAUGCAGAAUGUAGUGGAUGCUUCGAAACUGGACGCGCGUCUUGUCUCCGAGCAAUACUGGAUGCAAUUGCAUACGGCGAACGCAGAACCGGGACAAGAAAGUGAGCAGUGGCUGACGUGUUUCUCUCCCGAAUUUAAUGCAGCAAGAAGGGCUAGCAUGGAGCAGCAGAAAGGAGUCAUGGACCGCAUGAAUGGAGGUGUUUGUGUGUCUGGUAGUGGCGCUUCGUCUUCUUUCAAGCCACCAGCUAGGGUAGGUACUAGUACUAGUACGCCGAAGAUGUUAAAAGACAUCUCCGCCUCUUCUGCGUCUGAAUUCGACGACGAGGUGCUUGGAAGAGUAGAGGCAUACGCGUUGGGGUGGCAGUCGAUGUUGCCAUUCCUGAAUCCAGCGCAAAGAAAGACCCUGUUCGCAACCUUGCGCGAAAAUCUUGAACUCCUGGUCUGUUUUUUCUACGGCCUGCAAGCACAACGUGGGAGACAACAACAGCACGGUAAGCUUCUUCGUUCUGGUGGAAAUAUAUCCUCCAAGAAGAGAGGAACGAAAGAGUCACAGCAGGCAAAGUUGUGUGAUAGUAAGACGAAAGCGACUAAAGCUCUAGCUGGUCAAGAUUAUAACGGUGGACGACAGGGGAAGGCUGGUACGAAACAAGUCGUCCAAGAGGAGGAAGAGGUCGAUGAACAGACUCUUAAGAAGAGAAUGCUGGAUCAUGUGAUAGAAAAACAGAAGAAGGAGCAGUUAGAUGGCAAGAAGGAGUGGACCACAGCGGCAGAUAUCAUAGCUGCUAACACUGGAGGGGACAAGGGAAGUCAAUGUCAAGCACAAGAGGCAGGACCAGGCGCUGCAGGAGGAAAUAAGACUGCAAAGGAGGGAACAUCUUCAGGGGAAGGCGGUGGAGGAGGCGACCCCAUGGAUUUGUACAACUGCCGUUCAUCUCGAAAGGGUGGCGCAAAUGCUACGAAGACCACCACAAAUCCUGCGGCAAUUACGAUUGUGUCCACGGCAAUUACGAUUAUGGCCUUACAUACAACGACGCUCCUCCAUUUUGACUUCUAGCGGUCCUUCUCAUUGAAACUUCUGCUCAUUUUACCUCCACGACAUGACUUUUACUUCAUCUAAUACCUCAACCUCCACAUCUUCCGGCCGAGGACCACCACCACAUCCUGGGCCUCCGCCUCUCCCUCCUGGAGUAGAGAUGCCAUUUCCAAACGCGUUUGCUUCAGCACAAUGCAAGUUUCAACCAGGAUCGAGGGCUUCGAGACAGACUAGUACUACUACGAAAGGUGCGCAGACCAACAAUAGCACUAAGCUGGAAGGUGUUACUGUUACCACUGUAGCUGAGAUGAUGAAAAACCUUAGCGGAAGUGGAACUAAAAAUGGUGACAUCAGCAGUUGUAGUGCUACUGGUGCACCACCGAGAAAAGAACAAGAUGAGGAAAAAGAACAAGACAUAGAAGAAGACGAGGAUGAUGUGGUAGAUUUUUUAGACGAAGAAGAAGACCGAUUAGACCCUGUGAGCUUUGCAGAUUUCGAUUUUUCCCUCUUCGAGCUUGCUACGAAAACUGGUGGGAUAGAUGUGGGGAAGAGCAGUGCUGGUGAAAGAGAGGAAUCGAAGAAGGCUAGUACGGAUGAAACGAAGGCCAAAGAUAUUAAAGCAAAAGCGGGUAGCAGCAAUAUUGAGACGAAGGCUGGUGGCGCACUACCUACAAUACAAGAGGUUCCAUCACCAGCUAAAUCGUCGAACAAAGUAGAUUCUCGAUCUACAUCUUUAACUUCAUGCACGACAACUAACACUACAACAAAGCCUAAGCCUCAAACUCUGAAGAAAAUAACGUGCGGAAAUAGAGGCUGCCCUACGCCUCUAGAUGCUUCGCAACGGGAGGAGAAGAUUCAGGAUCUAGUGAAAAUGAUAGCUUACCAAAAAAACGGGAUGGCCAAGAAAAUGGAAUUAGAUGGGGUUCCUCCUGAAGAUGAUGAUCAUGACGUUGAUGGCGAGGCAGGUUAUGAAGAUGGAGGAGUUAAAACAAGGAAGGAUGUCGAUGUGGAUAAUGAAGAAAAAAAGAAUUAUUCUUCUAGUACAGAAGCCGCUACAUCAACAUCCCCUACUAGUACAACUUGUUCUAGCGCUACAGCGGGCCCCUCUCCGGAAGAUGAUGAAAAGCAGAGUAGUAUCGAUGGAGGUAGUAGCAGUAGUGCAGAAGAUGAAUCUACUGAAUCUGGUACAACAGGUGCACCUUCAGAGUCUACCAGCAAGAAGGAGAAAUAUAAUAGUCGUGGCGCAGUUUCAUUUGCUGACGACGUGGAGGAGGUCCUAGAAUAUGAGGUAAAAGAUGAACAGCCGGAAAGGCUUUUACCACUUCUUGAUUCCGAUUCCAUGCGAGGACCAGUAUGGAGCUCGUCUGCUAACAGCGGGAACGGGCAAAACGAUGUUGACUCCCCUGCCCCCACAUCGCACAGUACUCCAACGGGGGGUCCGCAAUUUGCCUCUAAGGCAGCUGAACUACGAUCUGCAGCAGACAAAAUGCUGGACAACGAAAAAUGGGAACAGAUCGGAACAGCACUAGGUCGCAUCCCUAUUUAUCGUGAGAAGAAAGGAACGGCUACAGAUGCGACGAUGGAUUUGCACGAAGAUGACGAUCAUCGAGGCUCUCCUUCAAGUUCACCCUCGCAUGGUAACAAGGGAAAAUGCACAGAAGCUGAAACCACAAAGCAGGUGCAACGACAAGACGAUACUACCUCGUCUUCUUCCUUGUCGCGUCGUGUUGUGAUUCCUCCUGCGGGACGGAACGGAACUGUGGCUGAUUUCGAGCAAGGUCAUGAACUCGCAGAAACUGAAUUUCGGCAAUAUUUGCGCGCAAUUCAACCGGAUUUUAUGACCUGUUUGUUCAUGGUGUGAGAUAUGAUAUAUUCUUUGAAGGGCUACACGCUAGAGGUAAAAACUAACCGGUUGAGAUAUGAUAUAAUCUAUAUCUGCUUCUAUCCUCUUUGAUAAGGCUCACUGUUUUUUUACGCAUAGAACAUAGUAAGGGUGAGAACAUCUUCAACGGACUUCAGAUUUCUAUUCCCAAGACAAUCUUAGUUUUACUAUGACCAACACCAACCUUCUCCUCCUCCUCAACAUCCUCCUUUCUUCAUAUCUCUGGUCUUGCGCAUCGCCACUCGUUUCGGUAUUCCUGUAGUCAAGGACGCUGACAAGCGCGUUGCAAAGCACUUUGCUCAGGAAAUUAGAGGCUUAGCCGAGAGCUGGAUGGUGCAAGUCCCACCGGUGCAGACUAGAAUAUGAUGAAAAAACACUGGGACGACUGGGAGGUCAGGGUCGAUGUUAUUAAUCUUGAUGUACUGUACAGCUCUUGUUUCUUGACUAGAAUCAUUCGAAAUGGGAUGAACAAUAUGUUUAUGUUGGAACAGUGAAGAAAUCAUUGUCGAAUCGGAGUUUUGUUGUAUUUCCCGCAGCUCAACGCGACUCAGCAAAGAACAAGAAGUAGAACUAGAAGUCCUACCUAAUUUAUGAAUCGGACGAGUUUGAGUUACUCGAGAUUUAUCGUUGGAAAAAGUUCAAAGUCGUUUUUUUCAAACUGAAUAGGAAGGUUUCUCAAUGUAGAGCUAAAGUAUGAGUGUUUACGAAUCACGAAGUUAAACAGAGAACUGUACAACCAGCGCACGAGGAAUCCUCACAUGAUAAACAAGACCAGCUGCAACAGAAAUUCCUCAUGAGCAGCACUCAUUUGAAGUUGAAAAAGCUCUGAAAGUUCAAAAAAGAAAUGAAGAACCAACUCCGAGAAGCAAGAUCUACUUUGCCCACAUGUAGAUUGUCCCCGUCAUGUUGCCGCG